AUGUCUCUCUUCAACGUCGACUUUUCAUCGAGCGACGGAGAUGAUGUAAAUCUUUUUAAGAAUACAGUACCUUUUAAACCUAGAUUUAAUGUGCCUGAUGAAAACGGGAAGUCAAAAUACCCACAAGAUAAUAAUAAUCAAAGGCGUAGAGUUAGAAAGAAUAAAGAGGCAACUAAAGUAGAAAAGAAAGUUGUCGAAGUUCAGCCACAGGUGUUAGAAUCUCCCCCGCAAAGGCAUGUAAACACUAGGAAAACAAGAAAGAAAGAUAUUAUUACUUUUCAGGAAGUAGAUUUAUCAGAAGAGCAUACGGAUCCUGAGCCUACUCUUGUUGAAAAAGCUAGCGAUGUUACUACAGAAACGGCUCCAAAAGAAAUUGAAGCAACUCGACCUGUAAAAGCAGAGAAACCCAAAAAUACAGAUGAAAAACCGCGAAAAAGAUCUCAAAGACGUGAGAGUAGUCCAGAGAAAUUCGUAAAAAUCGAUUCUUCUUCAUCAGAAAAUGCCACUGAUGAACCAACAGAUCCAGAAGAGGAAAAAGAUAAUAAAAAAGAGCAAGAGAAGCCCAAAGACAUACCUCCUGUAAAAACUACGCCUCAACCUAAUCAGCCAAUUGGAAAUCAUUCAAAAUAUGCGAUUCCAAUUGAAGUUAAGUCAAAAGAGCAACCAGUUUACAGAAUUUCCAGAGAGAAAAAUGUUGGCUUACUUGGAUCUACAUUUACUUUCAGAUUUUAUAUGUUAAGUGAAUUUAUUUUAUCUGCUGUAUACAAAAAAGGCUCUGAGUCUAUUCAGAUCUCAAAAGACGAUACAUCUGAUGUAGAUGCCUAUGUUUCUGUAGGAAAUAAAACUGCAGCUUUCUCAUUGAGAUUAAAAUCUCAAACUAGCGACGAAAUUCUUUCGAUUAGGUUCUACCCGAAGGAAGGUAAAGAUCCCGCUCGUAGAAUGUGUGUUUCUUUCUUCAAUCAGGCUGAAGGAAUUCCAAAAAAGUUAAUGAGUCGGCAACCUACAGAAAAAGUACUUAAAAAGGUCACAUAUAACUUCCAUGGCAGGUUUCACGUCCAAUCUGUUAAAAAUGCUGUACUUUACGAGAAAAAAGAUGGAGAUGACUUAUUUUGGAUUAGAAAAAUCCAAACAGAUGUUAUUGAACUUCAGGCAGUAUUCCCACUCGAGCCUGAGUCGAUGUUCGCAAUAGGUCUUGCGGCAUUCAUCACUGAAGUGAAAUGA